UCCAGCUCCGGGACCAGAACCGAUGCUGCUGCUCUGGGACCAGCCCGAACCGCGCACGCAGUCGGGCUCCCAGGGCUCCCAGGUCUCCCAGGUCCGCGGACACUGAUGGAGGAGGAGGUGGCGGAGCCGGAGCCCCAGGCUCCGGACCCCCGGGAGCCGGAGCCCCCCGGCCGGGGCGCGCUCCGGCACCCGGGGACGCGCUCGGAGGUGAACGGGGACCUGCCGGGGAACCCGUACCUGCGGGACGGGGAGGAGCCGGACAGCCCGGCCCGGGAGCCCGCGGUCCUGCAGGACCCUGCACAGGGAGAGCACGGCCGCCAGUGUGGGGAGAAGAUGCCGUUCCACCACGUGACGGCGGGUCUGCUCUACAAGGGGGACUACCUGAGCCGCUCGCUGUCCGAGAGCGACAGCGACGUCCUGGCCAGUAUCUCCGUUGAGGAGCUUGACGAGAUCCGGGAGGCGUUUAAGGUGCUGGAUCACGAUGGAAAUGGGUUCAUUUCCAAACAGGAACUGGGAAUGGCCAUGCGGUCUCUGGGGUACAUGCCCAGUGAAGUGGAGCUGGCCAUCAUCAUGCAGCGACUAGACAUGGACGGUGACGGGCAGGUUGAUUUUGAUGAGUUCAUGACGAUUCUUGGUCCUAAGCUGCUCUCGUCUGAAACAAGAGAAGGCUUUCUGGGCAGCACGAUAGACAGCAUCUUCUGGCAGUUCGACAUGCAGAGGAUCACCCUGGAGGAGCUGAAGCACAUCCUGUUCUACGCCUUCCGCGACCACCUCACCAUGAAGGACAUCGAGAACAUCAUCAUCAACGAGGAGGAGAGCCUGAAGGAGAACUCGGGGAACUGCCAGACAGAGUUCGAGGGAGUUCACCCCUCCAAGAAGAACCGGCAGACCUGCGUGAGGAAGAGCCUGAUCUGCGCCUUCGCCAUGGCGUUCAUCAUCAGCGUCAUGCUCAUCGCCGCCAACCAGAUGCUGAGGAACGGCAUGGAGUAGCGGCGGCUACCUGCGGGGGGGGCGGCCUGCAUGUGCAUGCCGGUGGGGGAACUCACGUCCCCCGUUCACGGGAACUACGAGGGAACUGCUCAUCAACACACUCUGAUUAUGAAACUCUGUUUUCCCAACGAGGCUCACAUCUGUCCGGUUGAAACCACGAAGCCAGCACGGGGAGUCGUACAGGCAGUACUCGAGUUGAGGGGGAUGAGGGGGAUGGCAUCCCCCCUGAAAUAAAAACGGUCCAAAUCACCCUCCCUUUCCAUCCCUUAUGUCAUUUCAUCAAUGAAUGUGGUUUUACUGCUAUUUCAACAUUUAGAGUCAUCACCAGAAAAAUAACUUAUAUGACAAUUUUCACCUGUUUCAAGUAAAUUUUCACU